AUGCCCGAACUGAACGUUCAGACCCCAAAACUCUCCAUGCCAGACGUCGAUCUCCAUUUGAAGGCCCCAAAACUGAAAGGAGAUGCCGAUAUUUCUGGUCUGAAAGCCUCUGGAGAUCUGAAGGGCCCCAAAAUAGACGUGGAAGGUCCCAAAGUGGAUGUUGAGGUGCCUGAGGUGGACUUGGAAUGUCCAGAAGGGAAAAUAAAAGGCUCGAAAUUUAAGAUGCCAAAGUUUAAUAUCAAGGCACCUAAAAUCUCGAUGCCGGAUGUCGAUUUGAACCUAAAGGGCCCUAAAAAAGGCGAGAUGGAUGUUACUCUUCCAAAAGUAGAAGGUGAAUUGAAAGGCUCUGGUGUUGAUAUCAAGGGACCAAAAAUAGAUGUUGAGGUCCCGGAUGUCGACCUGGAGUGUCCAGAAGCCAAACUAAAAAUGCCAAAAAUUAAAAUGCCUCAUUUCAACCUCUCCGGUCCCAAAUUCGAGGGAGCCGAUAUCGAUGUCAACCUGCCGAAAGGAGAGGCGGAUAUUUCCGGGCCAGAGGUAGAUAUUGAAGGGCCAGAGCUGGAUGUUGCAGGACCAGAAGGCAAAUGGAAAGGUCCCAAGUUCAGGAUGCCGAAGCUGAACAUCAAAACCCCCAAAAUCUCCGUGCCGGAUGUAGAUCUGAACCUAAAGGGACCGAAAGUGAAAGGAGAAAUGGAGGUGGUGGCUCCCAAGAUAGAAGGUGAUUUGAAAGGGCCAGAAAUAGACAUCAAGGGGCCAAAAGUAGACAUUGAGGCACCAGAUAUUGAUCUGGAGUGCCCCGAAGGGAAAGUGAAAGGCCCCAAGUUCAAGAUGCCCGAGAUGCACAUCAAGGCACCCAAGAUCUCCAUGCCCGACGUGGACGUGAACCUGAAAGGACCCAGCGUGAAAGGGGACCUUGGAGUCUCAGCUCCCAAGAUCGAGGGUGACCUGAAGGGACCUGAGGUGGACAUCAAAGGCCCCAAGGUUGACAUUGAGGCACCAGACGUGGACAUUCAUGGUCCAGAGGGAAAAUUCAAGAUGCCCAAGUUCAAAAUGCCCAAGUUUGGGAUGCCGGGGUUCAAAGCAGAAGGUCCAGAGGUGGAUGUGAAACUGCAGACAGGAAAUCUGGAUGUUUCCAGCCCAAAGGUGGACGUUGAGGGUCCAGAGCUGGAUGUUGAAGGACCGGAAGGGAAGGUGAAGGGCCCCAAGUUCAAGAUGCCUGAGGUGCACAUCAAGCCACACAAGAUCUCCAUGCCUGAUGUGGACAUCAAUCUGAAGGGCCCGAAAGUGAAGGGUGGUGUGGACGUGACUGUUCCCAAGCUGGAAGGUGACUUGAAAGGACCUGAGGUGGACAUCAAGGGUCCCAAGGUCGACAUUGAGGCACCAGAUGUGGACAUCCAUGGCCCAGAAGGAAAAUUCAAGAUGCCCAAGUUCAAAAUGCCCAAGUUUGGGAUGCCGGGGUUCAAAGCAGAAGAUGUUGAGCUGGAAGGUCCAGAGGGGAAGCUGAAGGGCCCCAAGUUCAAGAUGCCGGAGAUGCACAUCAAGACCCCCAAGAUCUCCAUGCCCGACAUCGACCUGAACCUGAAAGGUCCCAAAGUGAAGGGAGACGUGGACGUGUCUGUUCCCAAGCUGGAAGGUGACCUGAAGGGCCCCGACAUUGACAUCAAAGGCCCCAAGGUUGACGUUGACCUUCCUGACGUUGAGCUGGAAGGUCCAGAGGGGAAGCUGAAGGGCCCCAAGUUCAAGAUGCCGGACUUCAACAUCAAAGCACCCAAGAUCUCCAUGCCCGACGUUGACUUCAACCUGAAGGGCCCCAAAGUGAAAGGUGAUGUGGAUGUUUCUCUUCCCAAGCUGGAAGGUGACCUGAAGGGACCUGAGGUGGACAUCAAGGGCCCCAAGGUUGACAUUGAGGCUCCUGAUGUGGACGUUCAUGGUCCAGAAGGAAAAUUCAAGAUGCCCAAGUUCAAAAUGCCCAAGUUUGGGAUGCCGGGGUUCAAAGCGUCCGGAGGUGGACGUCCAGAGUUGGACAUUGAAGGCCCUGAAGGGAAGGUGAAGGGCCCCAAGUUCAAGAUGCCCGAGAUGCACAUCAAGACCCCCAAGAUCUCCAUGCCCGACAUCGACCUGAACCUGAAGGGCCCCAAAGUGAAAGGAGACAUGGACGUGUCUGUUCCCAAGCUGGAAGGUGACCUGAAGGGACCUGAGGUUGACAUUAAGGGGCCAAAAUUAGAUGUUGACCUUCCAGAUGUUGAGCUGGAAGGUCCAGAGGGGAAGCUGAAGGGCCCCAAGUUCAAGAUGCCGGACUUCAACAUCAAAGCACCCAAGAUCUCCAUGCCCGACGUUGACUUCAACCUGAAGGGCCCCAAAGUGAAAGGUGAUGUGGAUGUUUCCCUUCCCAAGCUGGAAGGUGACCUGAAGGGACCUGAGGUGGACAUCAAGGGCCCCAAGGUUGACAUUGAGUCACCAGAUGUGGACAUUCAUGGUCCAGAAGGAAAAUUCAAGAUGCCCAAGUUCAAAAUGCCCAAGUUUGGGAUGCCGGGGUUCAAAGGAGAAGGUCCGGAGGUGGAUGUGAACCUGCCCAAAGGAGACCUGGAGGUUUCUGGUCCAGAGUUGGACAUUGAAGGGCCAGAGGGGAAGGUGAAGGGCCCCAAGUUCAAGAUGCCGGAGAUGCACAUCAAGACCCCCAAGAUCUCCAUGCCCGACAUCGACCUGAACCUGAAAGGUCCCAAAGUGAAGGGAGACGUGGACGUGUCUGUUCCCAAGCUGGAAGGUGACCUGAAGGGCCCCGACAUUGACAUCAAAGGCCCCAAGGUUGACGUUGACCUUCCUGACGUUGAGCUGGAAGGUCCAGAGGGGAAGCUGAAGGGCCCCAAGUUCAAGAUGCCGGACUUCAACAUCAAAGCACCCAAGAUCUCCAUGCCCGACGUUGACUUCAACCUGAAGGGCCCCAAAGUGAAAGGUGAUGUGGAUGUUUCUCUUCCCAAGCUGGAAGGUGACCUGAAGGGACCUGAGGUGGACAUCAAGGGCCCCAAGGUUGACAUUGAGGCUCCUGAUGUGGACGUUCAUGGUCCAGAAGGAAAAUUCAAGAUGCCCAAGUUCAAAAUGCCCAAGUUUGGGAUGCCGGGGUUCAAAGCAGAAGGUCCAGAGGUGGAUGUGAGCCUCCCAAAAGCAGAUAUUGAUGUUUCCAUCCCAAAAGCAGAUGUUGAGUUGCCAAGUGUUGACAUCGAGGGUCCUGAAGGAAAAGUGAAAGGCCCCAAGUUCAAGAUGCCCGAGAUGCACAUCAAGACCCCCAAGAUCUCCAUGCCCGACAUCGACCUGAACCUGAAGGGCCCCAAAGUGAAAGGAGACAUGGACGUGUCUGUUCCCAAGCUGGAAGGUGACCUGAAGGGACCUGAGGUUGACAUUAAGGGGCCAAAAUUAGAUGUUGACCUUCCAGAGGUCCAGAGGGGAAGCUGA